CCACUUGGUCUUAGUCUGCGGUCACUGCUGAGGUUUUCAGAACUUUCCAGGCAAAGGCCAGCCAGGUCCUUUGCCUCCAACCCACUCCGCGCCUACCUCCCGCCUGGGGACAACCUUAGGCCCAGGAGAUCCUACUCCCCCCGGAGCACCGACGUUCCAACUGUCGUCUGCGCCCCCUGACUGCUGUCCGGCUCCUGUGCCAAGGGGCGCUCGCAUCUUCCCGGGGCCAGCAACACUCCCAACUUCUCGACUCGCCCUCCUCCUCCCCAGAGCGAGAGUGGGGCAGGCUGAGCCCGGAUCCGGGGUGCACUCGAGCGUUCCCGGCACUCGGGAUUCGCCCCCGCCUCAGAGCCGACUUUCGAGGGGGAAUUGAGCCUCGGAGGUCCAGGCCUGUUACUCCAAAGCUCAAAUCGGCCCCGGUCUUUCCACACCCCUGUGCCCGUCGCGUGCUGGCCGGGUGAGUGGUCGGGCCGAAGAUACCAGUGCUCGGGGACGCGUCGCCCCGUCGGGUGCUGAGCUGAGCCCACCAUGGCCGGCUGCUGCUGCUGCCUGUCGGCGGAGGAGAAGGAGUCGCAGCGCAUCAGUGCGGAGAUCGAGCGGCAGCUUCGUCGGGACAAGAAGGACGCGCGCCGCGAGCUCAAGCUGCUGCUGCUGGGAACUGGUGAAAGUGGGAAAAGCACCUUUAUCAAGCAGAUGAGAAUUAUCCAUGGGUCUGGUUACAGCGAUGAAGACAGAAAGGGGUUCACGAAGCUGGUUUACCAAAACAUAUUCACCGCCAUGCAAGCCAUGAUCAGAGCCAUGGACACGCUAAGGAUACAAUAUGUGUGUGAGCAGAAUAAGGAAAAUGCCCAGAUAAUCAGAGAAGUGGAAGUGGACAAGGUCUCCAUGCUCUCCAGGGAGCAGGUGGAGGCCAUCAAGCAGCUCUGGCAAGAUCCAGGCAUCCAGGAGUGUUAUGACAGAAGGAGGGAGUACCAGCUGUCGGACUCUGCCAAAUAUUACCUGACUGACAUCGACCGCAUCGCCACACCAUCAUUUGUGCCGACACAACAAGAUGUGCUUCGCGUCCGAGUGCCCACCACGGGCAUCAUCGAGUAUCCAUUUGACUUGGAAAACAUCAUCUUUCGGAUGGUGGAUGUUGGUGGCCAACGAUCGGAAAGACGGAAAUGGAUUCACUGCUUUGAGAGUGUCACCUCCAUUAUUUUCUUGGUUGCUCUGAGUGAAUAUGACCAGGUCCUGGCUGAGUGUGACAAUGAGAACCGCAUGGAAGAGAGCAAAGCCUUAUUUAAAACCAUCAUCACCUACCCCUGGUUUCUGAAUUCGUCUGUGAUUUUAUUCUUGAACAAGAAGGAUCUUUUGGAAGAGAAAAUCAUGUACUCUCAUCUAAUUAGCUAUUUCCCAGAAUACACAGGACCAAAGCAGGAUGUCAAAGCUGCCAGAGACUUUAUCCUGAAGCUUUACCAAGAUCAGAAUCCUGACAAAGAGAAAGUCAUCUACUCUCACUUCACAUGUGCUACAGAUACAGACAAUAUUCGCUUUGUGUUUGCUGCUGUCAAAGACACAAUUCUACAGCUAAACCUAAGGGAAUUCAACCUUGUUUAAAAGCUGCUGCCCACUCCUCCCCCAUAACAGAAGAUGUGAUUUGCAAACUCCUUGUUUUAUUUGCAAGUGCUUCUGACAUCUCCAGAGCCAGCCCCGUGCCAGGCACUAAGGACGUCAUGCAGAUCGUGGAGACAGAGAUGGGUGAUGGAACUUGGAAGACAUUUGAGUUUACCAAAAUACUUUAAAAGUCCUUGCAUCCCAAAUUGUUUUAAUAAUUAUUUUCUUAACUUUUGGCUGUAAGAUUUUGUGUAAUUUUUGAAUUUGGUGUUUUCUAGAAUUUUUAAAGGCCACUUUGAUUUAGUUUUAAAUUUCAAAUAUGUUUAAAAAUAGCAAUUAAAAUUAUGUAAGCAAGGA